GGGAAGGCUAGAGGACCUCCAAGAGGGGCCAAGAGAACUCUCCAAUUUUGAGCCUGCUCUGCAAGGCUCUGUUGUGGCGGUUCCUUAGCAACGAAAGAACGCGGAAACCCUCGACCUUUUCUUCUGUGGCCAGAGCAGUCACCAGGACGAUCUUGAAGGAGCCCGAAAACAUGGAGGAGGAAGAGGAGGAAGAAGAAAUUACUGAGGACAAGCUGCGAGUGAAGCCCCGGCCUCUGCCCGUCUCAGCCUGGUCCUCUUGGAGCUAUAUCCCGCCCCGUCGCACGGGCCCCAAGGAGAACAGCUACUUUUACCAGGAAGGGAAGACAGGAGUUGUUAAUGUAUAUGAUUGCAUCUAUCAAAGGCCUCCAGAUUACAAUCAACAUUUGCAUCGGGAUGAUCGAGAACAUGCCAAAAGUAUAGGACUCAAGGUUAAUGAAGAGGAAUGGGCAAGACCUAUUGGAGUACUGUCAUCUUCUAUUUAUGGAAGACAUAUAUAUAAGCCUGUAGAAGAACUGAACAGAGAACAUGUGAGGGUUAAUUAUGUGAAGGGGGAGUUCUACCGGAAGAAUGCUAUCACCUGCAUGGAAGCACCUGGUUUUGGACACAUUGCUCCAUCCUAAGGUUUUCAGUGUAUCCACUGGUUUAAUUAAGAUAGAAUAGAAAUGUAUAGCUAUAAAAGGAUGAGAUAAAAAGGACUAGUGAAGGUUGAUUUAGUUUUUACCUUCAAUUAUAUUUUUUUAGAAAUCAAAACUACUGAGGCUAUAGUUAUAGUAUGAUAAUUGUCACAACCUCUUGGCUAAAUAUCUACUAUAGGAAUCAUCUCAAAAUUGUUUACUUGUUAACCAGUUUUCUUUAUAGUUUAAGGACCAGAUGCAAUAUUUCUAAAGCAAAUUUAUAGUUAAUAUAUUUUAUGUCAAAGUUAUUUUGAUUAAAUGACAUUAUUUUCCUACAACAUGCCCAAACAUAAUCUAAUAAAAUACUCCCCUCUCUUA